AUGUCUAGUGUAACUAGUUUUCUAACCACCGCUCCAAUAAAAGACGUAUAUCAGAAGGAACUUCUGAAAAUCCUUGAUUCAUUUGAGGGCCCAAAAGCCAUAUACUGGGAAAGGCGAGCCAUAGCACCAGUUAAUCUCGUGAUUGGGUCCGUUUUGCUGAAGGAGCACGAGGUUAACCACUCUUUUGUCCUCGAAUCCGGUCAUUCGGCGCCCACUCCUCCAGAUGUUAAUACAGUAUUUUUCAUCUUUUACCCCGAACUACGAACCGUCGAUCUCAUAGUCAAAUUUCUAAACUCUGAAUUUUCGCCUCGUCAAAUCAAGGAUGAUUCGGUCAAGAAAGACUAUUGCCUUAUUGCAAUUCCAAAAAUGCCUGUCGCGUGCAAAUCAUUCCUUCAAGGAACUAAACUCCUUGAUAAACUUUCUGGUGUUUACGAUCUCCCCUUAACUCUCCUACCUAUUGAUAAUGAUCUCCUUUCCAUGGAAGAUCCAGAUUGUUUCGCUGAUUAUAGCCUUCGAGAUAAAGAGUCAGGUUUAUUUAACUUCGCUAAAGGUCUCAUGAAGUUCCAAUCUGUAUAUGGCCUUUUCCCGCGUAUUAAAGCGAAAGGCUCUAAAGCUAAGCGUGUUGUCGAAAUGCUGACCCAUAUGCGUCAAGAGGCUAAUGCGGACAUGCUAACGGAGGAUGAUAGUGGUGUAAUGAUUUCACCUCUAAAUACUCCCGGCCAAACUGACUUACUUGUAAUUAUUGAUCGCAGUGUCGAUGUUCUCACACCAUGCUUGAGUCAAUUAAUCUAUGAGGGUCUUAUCAACGAAUUUUGGCCCGUCAUGCAUGGAAGUAUGAAAAUGCCUCAAUCUGGAAACGAAAGUGUUUCCAAACGAGUGCACCUCAACUCAGCUGACUUGCUCUUUUCGGAAAUUCGAGACCAGAACUUUGCGAAUGUUGGUGCUGUUCUUAGCAAACGCACCAAAGGGCUUUCAAGCGUGUUGAAUGAAACCAAGAACUCGAAGAGUUUGACCACUUUGAAACAAGUGGUUAAGCAAUUGCCAGAGUUAAGGCAGUUGCAUUCUUCUGCAUCGCUACAUAUGUCAAUUGCUGAGGCUGUUCAGGAGUAUGCCACAACCGACAAUUUUAUAUCUUCCUACCGGGCCCAACAAGAUUUCUUAAAUGGCAAUGAGUCUGAUAAAAUUCACCCCUUCAUUGAACAGCGUAUUCUUCAGAUGGCUCCUUUAGAAGAAAUCCUUCAACUUAUCUGCGUGCAAUCCUUCUGCAGUGGAGGACUUAAGCAACAAGCAUUGGAGCUUUAUAUGCAUGAAAUUAUUCAGAUGUAUGGGCCAGAACAUAUGCUGACGUUGAACAAUCUUCGAAGUCUUGGUUUAGUUGAGGAGAGAUCGCGUCUCUCAAUGAUUGCGCGACCAGGAAACAACCAGACAGAUCCUAUCCUGUCUGGUGAUUCAAGCGCCGCUGUUCGACACACGAUAGCAUCUGUCUCGCUUGCCUAUGAGAGCACACUACGUAGGAGUCUUCGUUUGCAGUUGAAUAAAGGCGAGCAGACUGGGGAACCGAAUCUUGACAACGACUUUGCCCAAAUUUUCGGAGGUUCGGUUCCUGUUAGUGUACGGCUAGUGCAAGCUAUGGCUCUAGGAUGGCCAACCCGUCCAUUAAUUUCAACUAGCUCUAUUGUGAAUUCACAUAGCACAUCUCUGCUUUCUACAGCAGCAUCAACCGCCAUUAACGCAAGUCGAAGAUUUGUUUCGCAUAGCUCAGGAGCUAAUGGAGGAGAUGGAAGCUUUGUGAUGAACCUUAUUCCGGCUGUUGAAGUGAAUGAAGUUCACAAUCCAGGGGAUUCUACUAGAGAUACGUCAAACACCAACAACAGCCUUAUUAAAAAUCUAACCUCGAGCUCCAACGGAGAACGCAGCAGAACGGUCGUUAUUGCCUUUGUCGGCGGAAUGACCCAUUCCGAACUGGCGGCUCUGCGAAAAGUCGCAAUCUACGAAGAAGCUAACUUUGUGUUCGCCACUACCGGCAUGAUUACUUGGAAAACACUAAUACGAUCCCUAUCUGACCCGAUUCCUGUUGCAUCUGCGGACGAUCAAAGCAAUUCAGUGUAG